AUGACCUCGCAGAACAACGCGGAGCCAAUCUGGCACAAUGCAUACCCAACGCCCCGUUUCGACGCGCCUCGAAUGUCUCCCGACGAACUCGCAGAACUUGUCAAGACCAAAGUGGCCGGACGCGACUACAUUGUCGUCGAUGUCAGAAGGACGGAUUUCGAGAACGUCUUUAUCAAAGGCGCUCUCAAUCUUCCCGCACACACGUUCUACCCGACCAGAGAAACGAUCGUGAAAGUGCUCUCAACGAUACCUAUCGUUGUAUUCCACUGCAGCAGCUGUGGACCAACAGGAAGAGGCCCAAGAACUGCUGGGUGGUACCGCGCAGAACUUGAAAAGCAAGGGAUUGACGAAGCUCAAUCUUCCGCCCGUGUCCUCGACGGUGGCAUCAAGCUAUUCGCUGAGCGAUACGCAAACGACGCGAGUCUUGUAUCCAAGCCAUGA